AUGCGUUUCUUGCUUCUGUCCCUUUUUUUCGGGUUCGUCUUGCUUCUACCCACCAACCGCGUGUUUCGGCAUCGUAGGUGUGGAGCUGCAGAACGAUCCGUACACCGACUUUUACCUCCGAGCUUGACAGCGGAUGCUGAUUACCCUUGCGCCGGAAAUGUAGGAGGUCGAACCGCUUGGUCCAGUACCGUCACCAUUCUACAAUCACGACUGACCGAGCCGGUAGCAGCUCGCUACUGGUACGAUGGUCAAUACAUCAACAAUGCUAAAGAAGAUGCUGCCGAAGUCGCCCUGAAGCUGCUCAACCAGCAGCCGCGUGCCUCUACCGUCUAUCCGGGUCAACUCUUUCCACAGGGUACAGCGGGCUAUGGUCGCGGUGGAGGCGGGUUCUGA